UUGAUAUGCACAAUCGCUGCUUCACCUUUGAUGUCACGGAGUUGAGGUGCUCGGGAGAAGAGAUCUGACAGUCUUGUUUGAGCAAUGGCGACGCGGCGGCUAUUCGCCCUCCGCCCGGCUCGUCUCCUCUCCCUCCCACCUUCCGCCCCCCGCUGCCGGCAAGGACCGGCGCAGCACUGUAGAGGGCUCGCCGCGUCCACCCUCAUCAAAGGAAGCAAGAAGAAGCAGAAGGAGGCGUCUAAGCCCACGACGUCGCCGUCGCCCGACCGCCUCAAGAAGCGGACGCGCUCGGGGGCGAAGUUCGACCGCGGCCUUUACCGGCGAUACGCUGACCCUGCCCGCGGCCACGUGCCCGUCAUGCUCGGCGAGGUGCUCGACGCCUUCGGCACCCUCCACCUCCGCUCCUUCGUCGACUGCACCCUCGGAGUCGCCGGCCACUCUGCCGCUAUUAUAGAAGCUCAUCGAGAGUUGGAGCUGUACGUGGGGAUGGACGUGGACCCUGCAGUCCACGACGAGGCUCGGGCUCGGAUAGAGAGGCUCUUGGCCGAGGAUUCGCGUGGCAGCAGCUUGGAAGCUUACACUCAUGUUAGGAACUUCAAGUACAUCAAGUCAGUGCUCGGCGGCGUGGACGAGAACCUGUUGGAUGUGGGAGUGAAUGGGAUCUUGAUGGACCUCGGAAUGUCAUCUAUGCAGGUCGACGAUUCAGGAAGAGGAUUCAGUGUGCUCAGCGAUGGGCCUCUGGAUAUGCGCAUGAACCCUCAGGCAAGUUUGACAGCAGAGGAUAUCUUGAAUUCAUGGCCUGAGUCUGAAGUUGGAAAGAUAUUGCGUGAUUAUGGGGAGGAAAGCAACUGGCAUUUUCUUCAGAAACAAAUUGUGAAAGCUCGUGCGAGCGUGGGGUUGCAUUCUACAAGUGAUCUUGUCGAUCUUGUGAGAAGGGCAUCUGGCAGAUCAGGAGGUAGGGAAGGAUGGAUCAAGACUGCUACACGGGUUUUUCAAGCGCUAAGGAUAGCAGUUAAUGAUGAACUAAAGACACUAGAAGAUGCACUCUAUGCGUGCUUCGAUUGUCUCUCCUCUGGUGGUCGGCUCGUCGUUAUCUCAUUCCACAGUUUGGAGGAUAGAAUUGUGAAGCAGACCUUUCUUGACAUGAUCGAAAAGCCCAAAGGGGAUGAUGACAAGGGUGAGAUUUCUUCCGGUCUGAGUUUGCUUGCAACUGAGAGCGAAGCAGAAACUUGGAGUAAGAACAGAGUUCAAGGGAGGCAAGGGAUUGUUCUCACCAAGCGACCCAUAACACCCACAAAGGAAGAAGAGAAACUGAACCGCAGGUGUAGAAGCGCCAAGCUUAGGGUUCUUCAAAAGAUCUGAUAAUUUGAAUGUGAAAUGUUUCGGGAGCAAAAUGCCCUCAACUUUGUAUUUGUUGUCUUGAAUUUGUAAUUGAUGAGGUGUUCUUCUUGAUAGCUACU